AUGCACACUCCGUGGUCGGACGGUACUCCAGACAUAUCGCAGAGAGCUAUUCAGCCAAACGCCACCUUCACAUAUCGAUGGCAAGCCGACGCAUACGGGAGCUACAUGUACCAUGCGCACAGUCGUGGGCAGAUCGAGGACGGCGCAUACGGGCCAAUUAUCAUCAGGCCAAAGGAAGGCAUACCCAAGCCUUUUGAUCAAAUCGACGGCGCUAAAUACGAAGAGCUGGACGCCGCUGAACAGGAUGUACAACCUGUUAUGCUCACAGAUUGGCGGCAUCGCACGUCCGAGCAAACAUGGAACGACCAGCUUGCAUCCGGGGUGGAAAGCGCCGCCUGUAUGGAUUCCGUGCUCGUCAAUGGUAGAGGCGCAGCUGAAUGUCUAUCGCGACAAGACAUUGAGAAAUUCAUGCAUCCUGGCAUAGCACCUUUGAUGAAAGCUAGGGGAUUGCGACUCACAGACAAAGGUUGUGUCCCUCCCGAGUACUACCAGAUCACACUUGGUAACGACUCCGCUGUCAACCUUGGUAGUAUCGCACCAGAAGUGUUUAAUGUAUGUACUCCCAGUCAUGGCUCCCGUGCCGUGGUCACUGCGCCGCUCGAGAAGAACUGGUUUGCGUUAGAUCUCAUCUCCACUGCUGGAAUUGACACUUUCGCCUUCAGCAUUGAUGAACAUCCAAUGUGGGUGUACGCUGUGGAUGGUCAUUACAUCGAGCCCAUGAAAGUUGACGCUCUGACCAUCGCGAACGGAGACCGAUAUUCGGUAUUCAUUCGACUUGACAAAGAGAGAGGUAACUAUGGCAUGCGAGUAGCUUCCAUAGCCGCGACGCAGAUUAUUGGCACGACCGCUGUUCUAUCGUACAACGGAGAAUACUACCACGAUCGCUUCAAGAACAGUACGGAGGUUGUUACUUCCAUGCCCUAUAUCGACCUCCGCGGUGCGCUCGUAUCGCAAGACUUCACAAUGUUCAACGAAAGUCUGCAAAGGUCCUUCCCUCCUCAGUUCCCACAACCACCACCCAAGGUCGAUCAGACGGUCAUUUUCAACAUGGGCACCAGCGGCAAAACCUACACCUGGGCGCUAAACUCCACGCAUCCCUUUCCUCUAGACUCGGGUGAGGCGGCAUCGCCUAUGCUCUACGAUCCGCCCACGCUUAGCAACAGCAGUCUCACAGUGACAACAAAGAACAACACCUGGGUCGACCUGAUCUUCAUCACUCAUCAGCUCUUUGCGCCUCCGCACACAAUGCACAAGCACUCCAACAAGGCCUUUGUUCUCGGGUACGGCGACGGUGUUUUCAAUUGGACCACGGUGGCCGACGCCGCAGCUGCCAUGCCACAGAACUUCAAUCUCGUCACACCUCCCUACCGAGAUGGGUUUGUCGUACCGGCAUCCAAACAAAAGCCAACAUGGCUUGCAGUCAGAUAUCAUGUCGUCAAUCCCGGCGCCUUUAUGCUGCACUGCCACAUUCAGAAUCAUAUGAGCGGCGGCAUGGCCAUGACCAUACUGGACGGGAUCGAUGAAUGGCCAGAAGUGCCCGAGAACUGUAGGAACUAA